AUGGCGAACCACAGACUGGACGGCGGGUUAGGUUUUAAAUCGCUCCAUGAUUUUAACUUAGCCAUGCUUGGUAAGCAGGGUUGGAACAUUAUUAACAGGCCUCAUUCUUUAGUGGCCCGCGUUCUUAAGGCUCGUUAUUUUCCAACAACAUCUUUUUUUGAAGCAUCUUUGGGCCACAAUCCUAGCUUUUUGUGGCGUAGUAUAUGGGCGACUCAGAGUCUGGUUAAAGCUGGUGCUUAUUUGAGAAUUGGGAAUGGCAGAUGGAAUGAGAGUUUAAUAGCUCAGUUGUUCAAUGAUAGAGACAGGAGUUGUAUUUUGAACAUCCCUCUAAGUCUUUCUUCGCACCCAGAUGUGUGGUGCUGGAAGUUUGCGUCCAAGGGUCACUAUUCUGUUAAGAGUGCUUACAGAUUUCUGGUUGCUGGGUUUCGAUAUAGGGAAGGUAGUGAGAUAUGGAGUCGUAUUUGGAAGACGAAGGUGCCUCCUAAAGUGCUUAAUUUCUGCUGGCGUGCUUUAGUUAAUUGUCCUUUUGCCCGCAGUUGCUGGUUGAGUUCGCCUUUGGGUUGGCCUGCAUUCUCCGCUGCCUCUCUUAGGGAGUGGUUCUCUUUAGCCUUCCUUACUGCUUCUGCGGAGAAUGCUUCCCUUAUUCUAAUGAUAUGUUGGGCUUUGUGGCAUAACAGAAAUAAUCAAUGGAGGGGGGCCUGUUCUGAUUCUACCAGCUACACCAAUGUUGUGUCGGCUUUGACUGUUUGGUCUCCUCCACCGCAGGGUUGGAUUAAGGUUAAUAUUGACGCCUCUUUAAACUCGCAACGAAGUUCGCUAGGCUUCGGCUGUGUAGUCCGAAAUGCUAAUGAUAGAUUUAUAGCGGCUAAAGCAGGCUGUUUUUGCAGUCAGAUGGAGGUUAAGUGUGCUGAGGCAGUGGCUUUUCGAGAGGCAUUGAGCUGGAUUAAAGAGUGCGGAUGGGAUCAAGUUCUUUUCGAAUCGGAUGCUCAGGUUCUUAUUGUGUCCAUUAACAAUGCUUCAUUAGAUGAUUUAUCACCUUUUGGUCUUUUGAUUCAAGAUUGUAAAUUGCUUCUAUCCAGUUAUGAGGAAGCAAGAUGUGCUUUUAUUCACAGGUCUGCGAAUGAUGUCGCUCAUGUUCUAACAACAUCGACUCAUUCUGAAUCAGGUCAAGGAGUUUUGGUUCAUGUCCCUCCUUCUUAUAUAGUUUCCUUGAUCGCUUUGAGUUAA